GUUGACUAGGGAAGCUGAGACUCUAGUUCUAAGUUCGAAGAGAAGAAGAAGAAGAAGAGAAUUUGAGCAACUGUGGAUGGAGCUACCUCAACCUCGCCCCUUUGGAUCUGAAGGUAAAAAACCGACACACGAUUUUCUUUCACCUUACAGCCAUUCUCGGUUCCAGCACCAAGAUCCAAAGCCUACUACUACUUCCGGGAUUUACCUGAAAACGCAUGAUUUUCUGCGACCACUGGAAAGAGUAGGGAAGGAUGGCAGAAAGGGUGAAAACGCAGUGGAGAAUGUGAAAACGUCAACAGUAGUCGAAAAGCUGUCUCCAACAACAACAACAGCAUCGGUGGGGCAUGUGCUCCCCGGGGGAAUUGGCACUUACAGUAUAAGCCAUAUUUCCAAUUUCCCUCGACGGGUUCCAAGGCCUGAAGGGAUUGUAUACGGUACAGAGAGAAUUGGGGAAGUUAGCAAAGCUAACUCUGACUGUAGCUCUUACAGCAGCGGAGGCGCAUUUACAUUGUGGGGGGAGUCCGUGGUGAAGGACCACGGUGCGGCAGUGAAGGAUAUUGCCGGAGCAAGACACGUCGUCACGAAAGGGCCGGCGGAGAAGUUGGGACCUUGGUCGUCAGAGCGGGUAACGCAGUUUCCUUUCAUCCAUCGCAACAGCUUGAGCUCUCAGUCAUUCUCCAAGCCUGCGGGGCAGAAGAAUCAGAACUUCAUGGAGAUGAUGAAAUCUGCCAGUAGGGGUCCUCAGGAAGAGGAGGACGAUGACGAUGAGGAGUUCGUUGUGAAGAACGACGGUUCACUCCAUAAAGGGGAUUUAACUGUAAAAGAAGACGGCAAGAUCGCCACUCUGAAGCCUAUCACACCACGAUCGAAGCAUUCGGCUACAGAGCAGCGUAGGAGGAGCAAGAUUAACGAUAGGUUUCAAAUAUUGAGAGAACUUAUACCCCAUAGUGAUCAAAAGAGAGAUAAGGCAUCUUUCCUAUUAGAGGUCAUUGAGUACAUUCAAUUUUUACAUGAGAAGGUACACAAAUAUGAACAAUUAUAUCCAGGAUGGAAUCCAGAGCCAACUAAGCUGACGCCAUGGAGAAGCAGCCAUGGUCCUGGAGAAAGUAUGAUUGAUCAUUCACGAGAUAUGAAAACUGAUCCUGGUCCUGGGUUGAUGUUUGCUGGAAAAUUUGAUGAGAAUAAUGUUGCCAUGACCCCCACCAUGCUUCCAAAUGCACAGAAUGUUGUUGAAUCUGAUGUGAGCACAGGUGCUGCCUACAGACCAAUGGAUCAUCACGUUGGUCUGGCAGAGAAGUCAAUACCCUUGUCUAUUCCUAUGCAACCAAACAUGUUCGGUCCUGUGGGACAAAGUGGUGGGCUUGCCCAACCGCCAUUGAGACCCAUGUCAGAUGUGGAAGACAUGUCAGCUCAGCCUCAAUCCAAGUUGUGGCGAAACAAGCCAUGUACUACCACAGGUGAUACACCAAAUGAGCUGGAGGAUCUGACUAUUGAAGGGGGAACAAUUAGCAUCUCAAGUGUAUACUCUCAAGGAUUGUUGAAUUCUUUAACACAAGCACUUCAGCACUCAGGUGUGGAUUUGGCACAAGCUAGUAUCUCAGUGCAGAUUGAUCUUGGGAAGCGAGCAAUUAAUAGAUUGGCUACUAUGACAUCCAGUGUUCAGGAUCAUGAAGACCCUUCUGGCAAUCGAGCAAUGCCACAUUAUAGGGUUGGAAGCAGUGGUGAGGACUCGGAUCAUGCUCAGAAGAGGUUAAAGACGGAAAGAAGCUAGUAGAGGCCCAUACUUCACUUUUGGCUUAUUUUCUCCCUCCCGUAGGAGUUUAUGUUCUCGUGGUCCACCAGACUCGGUAGUGAUCAAUUGUACAUGCUCUGCUUUUUUGGUUUGUUGGGACAUAUUCUCCUUUCAAACCAUUAUAUAUUCAUUUAUUUGUAAUUUUCUUCCUUAACAAGAGGCUUCCCAAAGGGUUUGAGAAGCUGCUUUGACUUUCAAAGUUCCCCUUCAGAUGUGAAUUUUGUUUGCAUUUCUAAUGUCCGCUACACAGUUCAAUGGAGUGUAAGAACUUGUUCUCU